AUGAGCGAGGACGUUGAUUUUGAUGAGCUACAAAAGAUGUUGGCUGACUUGGCCUCAUCUUGUGCUGUGAUGCCAGAGCCAGAACCAAACACAGGCAGCUCCUUUAUGGCGCCACCCAAGCGUCCACCACCCAACCCACCAGCACGCAACAGUAUAACGUCAACAACAUCCACAACAACUACAUCACCUCUUAUAACAGCAUCAACUACAUCUGGUGGUCAAUCCACUUUGAACAACAGCAGUAGCAACAACCUCAAGAAUGCUAUUGGCAACAUGGGAAUGAGUGCAGGCACGUUAACCUCAACACCAAGCACACCUAGCAUGUCCUCGAUGUCCCCAUCACUCGUCUCUGAGAUAUCGCUCGAGGAGAUGAGACAGAUACAUGAGAACUCACCAUUGACCAAGGUCAAGAAGCCCUACACACACGGCUCAAACCCAAUCCCGCGUCUAAUGAUACAGGAGGAUGAGGCACCUGGAGACACCGGUGACGACUCUUCAUCCUCUUCAUACAGCUCAGACAGCGAGUCCGAGUCAGAGUCAGGCGAGAUGCGUCUACAUACCAACGAGAACUAUCAAGCCGAGCAAGAGCAGGCACAGGCCGCGCCAACACUUGUUGUGACCAAGCCUCGCAUGUCCGCCGUGGCCAUGUCCAAGGAAUUGGACAUGCAGAUGCGUGGCGCAGGUGUGAACCUGUCGUCCGUAAUUGACACGUCGUUUGGCGGCCCAUCGUCGCGUCUCCCAACGCGUCCCGGCUCCAUGCGAAUCUCCAUCUCGCGCGAGAUCAACGAGGACGAGUACACACUGCAGCAGGCAUACGAGACUCAGAGGAAGAUAUCGAUGAGUCAGUCAUCCAGUGCGCAUGACGCGCUGGCGCAUCUGCCUCACUCACAUUCACAGCCAAACUCACUCUCAGCUGCAGGCACGACCACGCCCACUAUCACAACCACGACCACCUCUACAUCAAUGCCCACAACAGCACAUCACAGCAAGCAAUUGAGUGCCAACGAGCUGAGGAGCGAGGUGCUGACCCAGUUGGAGGGCACGUCAAUCCGUGGAACAAUAUCAGAGUCUACCAGGGAUCUCAUGGAUGUGGUGAGGGAUGGAAACAUCCAGGUGCUCACUGCCAGCUCGUAUCAAGUGCCAAUCAUCCCACAGCAACAGCCACAACUGCUGGCCAUACCUGGCACAACUCAGACAAGGCCCCGUAACGAGUCGAUCGCUGAUCGCUGGGACAUCGGACGGCCACGUGCCGACACUACCACGACUAGACGCUCGCAGUCGAUGAACAUUCAGCGCGUGGGUGACGAAUUCAAUGUGUUCCGCGCCAACCCACUCAAGAAGCCCAACCCCGAGCUGGACAAACUGCUUAUCCACAUCUCGCUGGUGGACCAAUCACACAAGGUCAUCUGCAUCACUGAGGACUUCUUUGUGAUCGACAUCAUCAACCUGUUUGCCGAGAAGAUGGGACUGGUGCAGACCGAGUACUUCUCGCUGUGCGAGCCCUCUGCCGACGGCCACAGCGAUCGCUGGCUCGACCCAACCAAACUCACAAAAGAAUCGGGUAUUCGCAACCUGUCCAAGCUGGUGUUCAAGAUCAAGUACUUCAAGCAGCCAAAGAAGCUGACGGACCCCAAGGCCGUGCACCUCUACUACUUGCAGAUCCAGCAGGCCGUCAUCACUGGCGUCUACCCAUGCUCUGAGGCCAUGGCCUUCCGUCUGGCCGCUCUGCAGUUCUACAUCACUUUCGGCGCACACGAUCGUGAGCAACAUGUGGCAGGCUUCCUCGAGCACGAGACAUUGUUGGAGUUUGUCCCACAGCGACACUUCCACAGUCACAGCGAUGAGUACAUACAGCGUCGUCUCUUCCUUCUACACAGCCAGAUCAAGUGCAACUCAUCCAUUGAGGCCAAACUACGCUACCUUGACCUCUCCAACAAGAUACCAACAUUUGGUGUCACUGCUUUCAAAGUCUAUGAUGGAACACAGACCCCACGCGCUGAGAAGACACUAUGUGUUGCCGAAGAUGGUAUCCUUAUCUCAAAGAAGGAUGGUAAUGGCCACGAUCUCUUUGGAUACAGGGACAUCACAAACUGGGAGCUGACCACCAGAGGCAUCAAGAUAUAUCUUCCAUCACCCAAGCAACUGAUCACAACACCACAGACAUUGAAUGGCAAUGUCAAUAGCUUACACUUUGAAACAGUAUCAACUGAGCAAGCAAACAAUAUUAUGGAGUUGUUGUCAGGAUACAACAACUUUAUUCAAUAUGAUGACUCACUCAGAGGACUAUGUCCACACCCCAACGUAGACUUUAGUGUCUCCUACCAAUUCCCACUCUACCAACCACCCAAGGCGCGUACCAAGACCGAUCCACUUCGCAGUCGUGUCGAGUUGUUCAAGUCCAUUUACCUUAGAUUACCUUAUAUUCAGUUGAUUGAUCAGAUUGAUGCUGUGUUGGAUAAGGAGGGAUCAUUCCGCAAUGGAUUGAACUAUGACACUUUGGACUUGUCCCAAUUGAAUGCACGCGCUUCAGACCUAUCAUUGAUUGCCGAUGCCCUUCGGGAUGCUUGCAACACACCGAUUGAGCAAGGAGAGACAAUAGUCGAGAACCUCUCUAUUCACACGGUUGACAUAUCCAACAACCCACUGAUGGGCACUGAUAUAUCGGAGCCAUUCAAGAUCAUUAUCCAGGCAUCCAAGGGCAUCAAGUGUUUGAACAUCAGGAACAUUGGCAUCACACAGAAGGGCCUGGCACCAAUCACUUCGAUAUUUGAGAAGAUCUCAACAUUGGACAGCAUCCAAAUGGGCAAGAACCGUUUGAUGAAGCCUGGUGUCAAGCAGAUACUCAAGUCACUGAGCAAGUCGACCAAGCUGCGCAGCAUUGGCUUUGAGGAGACGGGCAUCCAGGACGAGGGCGCACGCUUCAUCCAGAAGUUGUUGACCAACUACACUUCAUUGACCGCGCUCAACGUAUCAAAGAAUAGGAUCUCGGACAAUGGAUUCAAGCUGAUACUAAAGGGAUUGGAGGCCAAUAAUCUCAUGAUCCAAGACCUCAACAUCAGUGGCAAUCCAAUCCAACACAAACAGAUCAAUACCUUCCUCAAGUGGAUUGCCUCUAGCAAUUGCAACUUGACCACACUCUGCAUUGGAAGCACAUCGCUCAACUCUAGCAGUGGUACAGAGCUCUACAAGGUCCUCUGUAGCAAUGGUUGCAAGCUAACACAUUUGGAUGUAUCAUUGAAUCAUCUUGGUGACUCUGGAACAAAGAAUGUCAUCAAAGGAGCAAUCAGCAAUUUAACAAUCAGGGAGUUGUUCCUGGCUGGCAACAGUGUUGGAUUCUCAGCUUGCAACACUCUUUGUCAAUCUUUGGAGUCCACUUCACAGUUGACCAAGUUGUCGCUUCGUUAUUGCAGUUUGAACUCUAAAUCAUUGAAGAGAGUGAUCAAGAUGCUUGAGACCAACACUACAUUGACCUCUUUGGAUCUGUCCAUGAACAAGUUCUCCAAAUCAGUAUGCCAAUCAUUGUCACAGUCAUUGCCAACGAUCAAACAUUUGGAAGAGUUGUUCUUGAAGAGUUGCGAGAUUGGCGCUAGUGAGUUGAAGAAGUUGGUGCCUGGAUUGGAGAUGAACACAUCGUUGAAGCGUAUCUUUUUGGACGAGAAUCCAUUUGGCAAGAAGGGCUUGCUGCCACUGGUCAGCAUGAUCAAUAUCAACAAGACCAUCGAGGUGAUUGCCCUGCGCAACAUCAACCUCACCGCCAAGCCACUGCUCGAGUUCCUCAAGGCGCUCAACACCAAGGCCUCCAUCCAAAAGUUGAACCUGUGCGAGAAUCCCGUCCAGGAAAAGACAAGCGCGCCAGUCAAGGCAGCCAUCGACGAGCAGGUCAAGAGGCUCACUCGUAUCAAUAUACAAUUCCAGUAG